AUCGUUCCCUCCAAGUCGUCCGUCACUGCCAUGGAUCGAUACACCGUGCAGAAAGUACUGGCGCCAGCCCUGUACGGUGACGUCGUGCUCUGCCGCGACAAUCUCACCGGCGAUCAAGUCGCCAUCAAGCGCAUGAAUCUUGCCGCCGCACGCAGUCAAACGAUGGUGAACGGCAGCCAACGCCGCAUCGCGGAAGACAUCAUGUUUGAGAAGCACGUGAACCAAAUCCUCAGCUCGGAUGGAGGGCACCAACACAUCCUGCGCAUGCGCACCGACUUUAUUCAGAACGGAUUUGAGCACUUUGUGUUCGACUACUGCCGAGGUGGCGACUUGUUUGAAGCCGUCAACGCCACUGAACGACUCGCGAACGACGUCGCCCUCCGCUUCUUCCGCCAAGUCCUCUCGGGUGUACGCUACAUGCACAUGCGAGGCUUGGCUCACCGCGACCUGUCGCUCGAAAACGUCCUCUUGGACGAACACAACAACGCGAAAGUCUGCGACUUUGGUCUGGCCGCGAGUGUGCCAAGUCUCCGCAACGAAGGUGUUGGCAAGGCAUUCUACAUGGCGCCGGAAGUUGUGUCGCGCCUUUCUUACGACCCGAUCAAGGCUGAUGUGUGGUCGUUGGGCAUUAUGCUGUUCAUCAUGCUGGCGGGCAUCCCUCUGGUCGAAAUGGCGUCCGACGCCGACAGCCGCUUUCGCAUCCUCAAGGUUAAGGGGUUGAAGAAGCUCGUGCAAAUGUGGAACAUGACGAGUGCGUUCGACCCCAGAGCUCUUGACUUGCUGGAGCUCAUGCUGCACCCAAACCCUGAAUUCCGUAUGCCCAUGGAGCAAGUGCUAAACCAUCCCUAUGUCCUCGAUCCAGUGGGAAACGUCACUACCCACGUGUCCCCAACCAAGGUGGAGCACCCUUCGACAAAGAACAUGACGCAAGCGGUUACUGUCAGAGGCAAGGGCAUUGCGUCGAGUGUGAUGAACCGCCUCCGCAACCUGAAUCGCCGCCCUUCUUCCCGAAAGAUCUUGGCGGCACCGAUCCAGUCGAUCGCCGACACUGUCGCCGCCUAAACCUCCUGUAUAGGGCACUAUUUAUUCGUGUGCCGUCGUUGUACUAGUAACUUAGCGUCGAAUAUUUAUAAUGGCAUCCCGUUCGGUCGUCCA